AUGUGUGAGCAGGCAGCGCGCUACUGUAGGGACGGAGUCCACAAACUGCUGAACAAAGAACAAGCCAAACUUCGAGCCCAAGAAAGCCGCGAACACACCAAGCCCGUAGCCGGUCAGGACAGCGAGUCCGAAACGGCAGCUCAGUCGGGAAACAGCGGCGCCCAGCCCGGUGGAAUUGACGGGCUCGUCCGCUGGAUCGUCACCAAAAUGAGCGACAACAAGAACAUCUCCAGCCGGGAGUACGCCACCAGCAAGGAGGAGGUGGCAGUGGCUCAAGAGCAGUUCUUCGCCCCGGAACCGCGGAGAGGCAUCUCCGUCAUUCUGGAUAUCUUCAGAAGAGCUGACAAAGACGAUGAUGGUAAACUCUCUCUAGAUGAGUUCCAGGCGUUCUUCUCUGAUGGCACGCUGAACGAGGAAGAGCUGGAGAAAUUGUUUCAUACCAUCGACUCAGAUAACACCAGUAAUGUUGACACUAAGGAACUCUGUGACUACUUUGCCAAGCACAUGGGGGACUACGAGGGAGUUCUGGCCUCACUGGAGACGCUCAACCUUUCCAUCCUCAAAGCCAUGGACUUCACCAAAAAGGUUUAUGAGAGAGGAACAAACGUGGAGCAAUUUGUGACCCGUUUCCUACUGAAGGAAUCAGCCAAUCAGAUCCAGUCUCUUUUGAAUUCUGUGGAGAGUGCUGUGGACGCCAUUGAUGAACAGCACAGCCAGUCAGGUCACAUUCCAGCUAAGACGAGUCCCCGGAUGUCAGAGAGGCGCCAUGACAACGUUGUUCCGGAUUAUCCCCCUAACAACAGAAUCAGUGCCAUGGAGGCUGUCAGGACCAUCAACACUGCCUCAGGUGCAGUGGAGGUAAGGAAAGAGGGUCUGGAGUCUCAAAUCAAUCGCCUAUCUGAACUCAUUGGACGACUGGAGAAUAAAACAGUCUGGUUUGAUCUGCACCAGAGGUUAACAGACACAGAUGGCACCACAAGUGCAUCAUUAUUGCUGAUCCGUCAGGAGAUGGUGGUUUCCCAGAAGAAGCUUGGUGACUAUUGUGAGGCUCUGAAGCAAUACCUGAAGAAUGUUUCCACUCAGAGAGACUGCUUUCAUGUAACUGCCGUGCGUCUGCCAGAUGGUUUAUCCUUUGUUGUCUAUGAGUUCUGGGACGGAGAGGAGGAGUGGAAGAGGCACCUUCAGUCAGGCCCCAAUAAAGCCUUUCAGCAUGUGAAAGUGGACACGCUGUGCCAGCCAGAGGCCAUUUCCUCUGUCGCCGUGCCAGCUGCCUGGUGCAGUGUGAACAAGGCCUGAGCAUGAACGUAUCCAACUAUAUACCAAGACUCGUGGACAUCAACCCCUUGACCUUUUCCUUGCAUUUCUCUGACUUUCACUCCCCUCACGUUCCUCAAAACCUCUUGAAAUACAUGUUUACACAGUGCAAAUGAAUGGUGUCAACUGCAGUGACUAUUGAACAAAAUGCAUUUUCCCAAAAUACAUUUGCAUCCAAACAUUGUGGUUUCCUGCUUAAUAUUUAUGAUAUAUCAAUUUGUUAGUUAUGUUCUAAUCUAGCUAGUUGGAGUUUGUCAUGUAGCAUGGAGCCUUGGGAGAAAAUCUUCAUGUAGCAGGAAACUGAAUGUCCUUUUGGUAUUGCAGCCAUUUUUAAACAUGGUCUAAAUUUCUUACACGAAGCUUGUCCAUGUAGCUGCAAGUCCAUUUGAGAUACCUAUUUCACAUUUGGUCAAGUACACAGGAACAUUCUGGAAAUUACGUAAAUAUUUCUCCUGUUGUUAUUGUUAUUUGUAGCCGACCACAAACUUUGAUGUAAUCCUCACAUCAUUUUACAAAUACAUCUAUACAUCAGUUGAGCUAUACUGAACAAAAACAUAAACGCAACACUUUUGUUUUUGCUCCCAUUUUUCAU